CUCCAGAGCGAGGAAGAGAUGAGACUGAGAGCCCGUCACAAGGAAGCACAAACCAGAUGAGUCCUCCAAACAGCCAUUAAUAAACACAUUACAAAAACAGACCUGAGCCCUAACGGGACAGAGAGGUCGGAUACUGGAAUCAACCCAAUUUCAUCCUCACAUCGGAGGAAGCAGCUCGCCUCCGCCCCCGCUGACCCACACAGUGAACAGUCCUCUGGCAGAUGGAGAAACAGGCCGGAGGUGCCGGGGGGGCAGACGGAGCAGGCCCGAACAGAAAGCCCUGGGUCUCGCCGAACUGCGGACCAGCCGCGGGUGAAAGCCUGGAAAGGUGAGUUUGUAUUGUGAGGAUGUGUCAGACGUCGGCGUGAAACGUUGUUCAUUUGGGGUUGGCUUUUUUUUUUUUUUUCACACUAUGUAAUUUCCUUUGAAAUAUUAAGCUACACAUAACAUUUCCUGAAUUAAGACGACCAUCUCUUUAAUUCGGCGUAGAUUCAAUAAAUAAAGCAGGACUUAUUUCACUAAAACCUUAACUUUUAAAACUGCUUCCAGAGUAUUGUCCGUAUGAGUGAGGCGACAUGAUAUUGGCAGCUUUCUGGCUGGAGUUCGGCGGGGCGGUACAGUACAGUAUCUAUGAUACAGUAGCUAACGGUGAAUAUGCUAUAAGCUUGUCUAAGAAAAAUGAUAGACUGCAUGUGUUGUUGGACGGAACUAUAUGGUCCUCCACUGGGUUCACACACAGCUCAUAGCAAGCGUUAGCUCCGUAAAACAGGCCUAGCUUUAAGCUAACAGUUGUACGUUACAGGAGCUACCGCUAAUGCACGGCACAGUGAGCAGGGGCGGAGCAAAUACAUGUUGAUGGGGUGUCCAGAGGGUGGCAUGGAGACUUUAAUGGGUGGCAAUCACAUAGGCCUGUAUCAGUACUUGCUUGGUAAAGCCCCCAAAUACAGAUAUUUUUAUUUGGAAAUAUUAUAAUAUUUAUAUUAUAAUCUUAUAUAUUACAUUGAAUAUAAAUAUCUACAGUGGUAUUAUAUAUCCAAAUCUUUAGACAUUUUUAAUUUUUCAUUGAAUUUAAAGCUAUAAUAUGUAACAAUUCUGCAUUAACUUGUCUAUAAAUGCAUACAGCGUCAAAUUUCUUGUUGCUGUGGAUGAUAAAUAGAUGCACAAUAAUGUUAAUUGUAUGUGCAUUUUAUUCAGGUAACGCUGCAUUUCACCGGUCGCCUGUCAAUGGCGUCAUAUCCCCUUAUCUUAAGUUAUCAGAGAAACAAGCUGAGCUAACGUUAGCAGCAGCUCGGCACACAGCCCCUCCGGGACGUCCUUUGUCAGCAGCGUGGGAGAAACAGUGAUUUUUAAGGUGGAACUGCUUUAUUCAGUGUUUUUAGCAGUUUUAGUUAGCCUGUCCAUUUGUUUUGGAGAGGAGGAGACCUCUGUGGAUAAUUGGGCUUCCAGUAGAAACCUCCUGAACCAUGAACACUGAAGGAAUCCUAACUGGGAGAAGCUGACUGCAAUGACGACAAAGUCCAACAGGUUCUCAUGUAGAGUGGUGUAAACAGCUGAUAGCAGCCACCAUCUCCAGUCAGAUCUCAGGAGUAGUCCCACCUGACAUUGUCAACAGGGAUAACAAGGCUAUGAGAAGACCAGAUUUCAUGCAAGAUUCACAAGAUGAAGGGCUUUGUUACCAUGGAGAAAGUGAAUCUGAGCACCCUUCCAAUGCUUUGAACCUUCCAGCUCUGAGAUACGGGGCACAGGUCAAAAUGUUCCAGAACCAGGUUCCUCUGCUACCUGGAGAGACCAUCCAGACUUCAGUCAAGGAUGUGAUGUACAUCUGUCCAUUCAGUGGUCUGGUUAAUGGGACCCUGACCAUCACAGACUAUAAGCUCUACUUCACCAGUGUGGAAAGGGACUCUCCAUUCAUUCUUGAUGUGAACCUGGGAGUCAUCAGCAGACUGGAGACCAUCACUGUUCCCAACCAGGGAGAGAACACCAAAGGACUGGAGCUAGUCUGCAAGGACAUGAGGAGUCCCAGGUUUGCUUAUAAGACAGAGGAAAGCCAUCCGGAUGUGGUGGAGGUUCUGGCCAAACAUGCCUUCCCCUUCUCCCACAACCUGCCCCUGUUUGCCUUCCUGUACAAGGAGCAGUUUCCUGUGGAUGGCUGGAAGGUAUACGACCCGACAGCAGAGUACAGACGUCAGGGCCUCCCCAAUGAAAGCUGGACCUUCAGCAAGAUGAACAGCACCUAUGAGCUGUGUGACACCUAUCCCUCCACCCUGGUCAUCCCCACCAACAUCACAGAUGAAGACAUCAAGCGAGUGGCUGUGUUCAGAGCUAAGCACCGCAUACCGGUCUUGUCCUGGAUUCACCCGGAGUCUCAGGCCACCAUUGUACGCUGCAGCCAGCCAUUAGUCGGACCUUCGGACCGCCGAUGUAAAGAGGAUGAACGCUUUCUCCAAAUCAUCAUGGACGCCAAUGCCCAGUCCCACAAGCUCACCAUCUUUGACGCCCGGCAGAAUAGUGUAGCAGACACCAACAAGGCAAAGGAUGGAGGGUAUGAAAGUGAGAGCUUCUACCCGAAUGUCGAGCUGAAUUUCCUUGAAAUCCCCAACAUUCAUGUGAUGAGGGAGUCUCUGAGGAAGAUGAAGGACGUGGUUUACCCCACCAUAGAUGAAGUCCACUGGCACUCUGCUAUUGACCAGACACACUGGCUGGAGUACAUACGGCUGUUAUUAGCAGGAGCAGCGAAGAUAGCGGAUAAGCUGGAGUCCGGGAAGACGUCGGUGGUGGUUCACUGCAGUGACGGUUGGGACAGAACUGCUCAGCUCACCUCUCUGGCCAUGCUGAUGCUGGACAGUCACUACCGUACUCUCAGAGGAUUCGAGGUUCUGGUGGAGAAGGAGUGGAUUAGUUUUGGACACAAGUUUGCUGCUCGUGUGGGUCAUGGUGAUGAGAACCACGCUAACUCAGAGCGCUCACCUCUCUUCGUCCAGUUCAUCGACUGUGUUUGGCAGAUGACUCGACAGUUCCCAGCAGCCUUUGAGUUCAAUGAGCUGUUCCUGAUCACGGUGCUGGACCACCUGUACAGCUGUCUGUUUGGUACAUUCCUCUAUAACAGUGAACAGGAGAGGGCAGCCAAGGAGGUGCAGACCAAGACGGUGUCCCUGUGGUCCUAUAUUAACAGCCAGCCAGAGGACUUCACCAACCCCUUCUAUGUGAACUAUGAGCACCACGUCCUGUAUCCGCUGGUCUCCUCCAGACAUCUGGAGCUGUGGAGCAGCUACUAUGCCCGCUGGAACCCACGCAUGAGACCACAGGUGCCGGUGCACCAAACCCUGAAGGAGCUGCUGAUCCUUAGAGCAGAGCUCCAGAGGAGGGUGGAGGAGCUACAGAGAGAGGCCUCCUCCCACUCCCUGUCCUCCUCCUCUGAACAUUCCCCCUCACACACCACAGGAACUCCACUGCACACCGCUGUCUAACGCACACAUCAGAAACACCCCUACACAUCACUGCCUGCUAAACACACACACACACACACACACACACACACACACACACAAACACACGCACACGCACACACAGUUUAAUGCAUGUUUUAGCCCAUUAUUAUACUUUUUUAUUAUUAUUAUAUUAUACUGAGGAUAACGGUGUUUACCAUGUGAGCAAGGCUUCACAAAGAGAGAGAUUCCUAAUUUUAUAUUAAUGUUUUUAGCAAAGUAAAAUGUAAAAAAAGUAUUUAAAGAAAGUAUUAAAACUGGCCUGAAACAACUGUCAGUGACCUAAUUGAACCUUCCUGUGCUUCUUAUUUAUACUAUUUAAACACUGACAAAGGAAUCCGAUCUCACUCAGACUUCAUCCUCACUUUCAUAAAUUAUCUGAUUUGAUCUGCAGUGUUUUUAUUUUUCUACAAAGAAUUGCUACUAUUUCUCUCAGGGCUAUUUGUCUCACACCACUGCACAUGGCUGCCAGUAACAUGUAACAACUGCCUGCAGUUACCUGUAGUGUUUUAAAUAAAAUCACUGCACACUCCCUCACAUCCUCUCUUCCUUACCUUGUCAGUGAGCGUUGGUCCUCUUCAUCAACAUUGCUAUGAGCUAAUUGAAGUGGGAGAAAAAUGAAAAUAAGUGAUAAUAAUAAUAAUUUUUGGAAUAGGAAUAAUAGUGGAUGGCUGCUUUUUCCCUUCCCAUUACCUGGACACUGCCUCGCUGUAAAUGUUUUUCUUUAUUUGGAUAACAAAAUAACGUUUUCAUUUGGUUUUCCAAAAGUGUGAUCUUCUGUUCUGACAUUGCCAGCCACUUUGUCCUUUACUUACUACUAAAAUCACUUGAAUUUCUAAUCUCACAAAUUAACCGAAGGUCUGUGUAUGUAGAGCUGGUCCUAAAUUGUAAAUGUCUGACUGUGUGGUUUCACUGACUGAAAGCAGUUUAAAAGAAGAUUGGGUCACUUUCAGAACCAUGUUCAAGCAUCAGCAUGUCCUGUUGUGUGGAUGUGAUGGACAUACAGUUGUCAUGAACAGGGAAAUUAGCUUUAGAGACCAGUCUAUAAACAUGUUUAUUUCUGCUGUAAAGUUGGGCAUUUUAAUAUGGAGCCUUAUGGAGAUUGACUCACUGCUGGAGCCAGCCUCAAGUGGCCGUUAGAGGAACUGCAGUGUUUGUUGUUGCUGCUUGGUUGGCUCACUGGAAAGGCUCUGCUACACAAAAUGAAGAUAAAUAGAACCUUAAUUAGUGUCAUUGGUAACACCUGUGUUUACCCUACUAUCUUAUGUAAAAAUAGCUGCUGUGAAAAGGGUAUAGAUGAGGUUAAGAAACAUCCUCCCAUUUGUGUUAUUUUUCAUAGAGCCUUGCAAAUAUUUCUGAGCUCAGUGAGUGGAUAGAUGGAUAUUGCAGUUAGUUUUAGUUAUCAUCUGACACAAGCCUGGAUUUUUAAACCAGUCACAUGCAGAGUUAGCCGAAUCAAUAAGUCCUUUCCGAAUCAAUAAGUCCUUUCAUUAUAGUAGGCGUCUUUAAUUGGCAGGCCACAUCAAGUUCACAGAAUUGCCACUGAUGAAAGCAUUUAUACAUUUACAGUAUUCGUACAACAUUCCCUGAAAAAUGCAGUAUUAAGUUUCUGGUAAUGCAGACUGAACAUUUGAUACCACUGCAGCUUCACAUUAAAAGCAUUAACUUUGUUGACAUUUUGACUUUUAUUAUGAAGUAGCAGUCACAGGAAAUUCAAUGUGUUUGUUGGUUAGCUUGACACUUCAUCUGAAAUGUUCAAUGUUCAUUUUUGACAUUUUUUAACAGCAGCUCAGUUUGUAAUAUUUCCUCAAGGAAUGGAACAAGAUGAAGCAGCCAACUCUAAUUUUCAGAGAAAGUGAAAAUAUCAAAGAAUAAUGAAUUUCCUGCCCCCAGUGUCUGCUUAGAAACAUUUUGGCCCUUGGAUAAAUGUAGUUGAAGACCCCUGCAUUACAGGCAUCAAUAAUGUUAAUAUAAUUAUCAUUUUGAAAAUGUAAAAUAUUGAAGAUAUUGUGUUUUAUUAAAAUUCAGAUUUCACAAUAAAGAGAAAAAUACCUAUUCAUGAUAAAAAUGUUUACUUUAAAAAAAAUUGCCAAUCCACACUGAGUGUGAGAUACAGAAUAAAAACUAGUCACUUUUGACUCAACAACAAUGAAUGAAUUAGUUGUUUGGUCCAUAAAAUGUCAAAAAUUGGUGAAAAUUUUCGAUGACUGUUUCCCAAGGCUCAAGGUGGCAUCCUCAAAGUCUUGUUUUGUCCACAACCCAAAGGUUUUCAGUUUACUGUCAUAGAGGACUAAAGAAAGCAGAAAAUAUUCACAUUGAGAGGCUGAAAUCAGAGAAUUUGGUUAUUUUGUCUAAAAGAAAUGACUUUAAUUAAUAAUAAGAAAUAGUUGGCUAACUAAUCAAUUUCAUAUGCUCUACAUAAAAUUUAUUUAAUCUCUCAAGUUUAAUGUGCUCUGAGAGAUUCUAUCAGGUUCCUCUGCACUUAUAAUACAUUUAAGAGAUUUAAAGUGACUACUAACAGUAGGGCCAAGCCAGCCAGUUACGAAUACAAUCACAUGAUCAGCACUCAGCCACUAACGUGAGUGCUGAUCAUGGUUUCGACUCCUCGUGUUGCCUUUAUUUAGUUAUUAUUAACUUCAUCUGAGAUUAAAAAAAUAAAUUAAUAAAACCCUGUGUUCCAAAAACCAAUUUAGCUGGAUAAAAACAUGUCAGCCUGGAUUAGCUAAGCCUUAAUGUUGUCUCAUCCGUGUAUUUUGUACAGUGUAAUGACAUCCCUCUUAAUGCAACGUAACUUAUAACCUGUCUACCUGUGGCAUGUGAUCAUGUAAUGUGUCUUUUUAUGUGUGUAAUGUGUCUAACGAUGUGAAAACCCCUAAUGAGCCAUUAUCACUUCUGACAUUCCAUUUUAAAAAUAAAAAAGGAAGAAUUCAAACCUCCA